AUGUUAAAAAUAGUUCUUAUUUUAGGAAUCAUCACAUUAAGCUUAAGUAUUGAUGUUGUAGAUGAUUAUGAUAUUGAAUCUUAUUUGGGUGAUUGGUUUGAAGUGGCUAGUAGUCCAUGGGUUCAUACAACUUUUGAGAAAAAUGGAUUUUGUAAUAGAGCUAGAUAUGGUGUAUUGACUACUGGAGAUCUUAGUGUUUAUAAUAUUUAAAGAGAUGGUGCUGGUGAUGGACCUAUAAAAUCAAUAGAUGGUUAUGCCAGAAUUCCAGAUCCAAAAUAAAAAGCCAAAUUAAAAGUGUUUUUAAAUGGAGGAUAAGUUGGAGGAGGAGAUUAUUGGAUUAUUGAAUUAGGACCAGUUAUUAAUAAUGAAUAUUAAUGGGUUAUUGUAAGUGAACCUGAAAUGUUAUUUAUGUGGGUCUUAAGUAGAAAUCCUUAAUAAUACAGAGAGGAUUAUGAAGAUUAUGUAAAAGAUAGAGUAAGUGCUUUGGGUUUCAAUAGUGUUUUAAAUAAGUAUGUACCUAGAUUUUUUGAUAAAUGUGUGCCAUAUGAUGAUUGAAU